AUGCCAGAAAAGCUCAAGGUGAUUGAUGUUCAUCAUGACCGAGUAGUUGACGCCCCUCCCGACUGCCAAUAUCUUACCUUGAGCUAUGUCUUUGGGCAUGUGACGAGACUCGAGAUCCCCUCUUCGGGAUGCUUUGAUCGGCACCAACUUCCGGCAACCAUUCGAGACGCACUCAUCGCGUGCCAGAAUGUGGGAUUUCAGUUCUUAUGGGUUGAUCAAAUAUGCAUUGAUCAGAAGAACGAAGUAGAGCUACAGACGCAGAUCAACCAAAUGAGCCACAUAUAUCGUGCUGCCACCUGCACCUUGGUUGCAUUGGCUGGGGAAGAUUCCCUGUACGGCCUACCGGGGGUAAGCAGAGGGCGGACAUGGAAGCAAAAUACGGUCAAACUCGAUGAACGCCUCGUGGUCCAACUCACUCCACCCAUGGAUGUGUGCCUGGAGAAUAGCAAAUGGGCCACCCGAGGCUGGACAUUUCAGGAAGAUCUUUUUUCUUCCAGGUUGAUUUUUUUCAGCGAGGUCGGUCUCUUCUAUAAUGAUAGACUUGUUGAAUCUUCUUCCAACGUUCUCUCCGAAGAUGGUUGUCAUUCCACCUGUUGGGCCCACUUGCCAUCCUUGCUUUUGUACUGGGAUGUCUUGGCAUUCUAUACGAGGCGAAAGCUAUCAUAUCCAUCAGACGCUGUGCGUGCUUUCACUGCAAUACUUCAUGAAGUGCAUGGGCGCAAUGGUACUUACUAUGGUCUUCCACUACAAUACUUCGACCAAGGUGUUCUCUGGAUCCCCCAAAAUCCCACCCUCCCGUCAACCGAGAGACAUACCCAGUUCCCAUCCUGGUCAUGGGCAUCCCACGAUGGUGACAUAACCCAUAUCAAUGCAGGUACACCGCUGGCCGUGUGGGCAAAGCCCGAGGUGACUGGAUCUACUGUGAACAUGAGGAUUUGUCGACCGGUAUCGGGCGCUGAAUGGGAACCUCGCUGGGGCGAUUGCCGGGGACGGUUGGCCAACAUAUAUGCAGCUUGGACGGCAGGUUGCAUUCCCAGUUUACUCCCGGAGACAUUCUCCCGUCUGUUGUCGACACAAUCGCCCUUCUCGACGAGGCUCUGGGGGGAUAUGCCAUUCAUAACAACACUAGAGGGACCUUCACUGAAGGACCUAUGGCCUACAUAUCACGCGUUCUGGGAAGAGGCACUUGGUGCGCAGAUACACGAUGAUCUUUUCCCAACCGAUCAUUUGAAGCAUCUCCCGUCCCUCGAUGGCCUCAUUGCUACCCACAGUCAAGUUGCAUACUUUGAUGUGCGUCCCCCAACUGAAAAGCUCAUCAUGAAAGACGGCAGCCGGACUUUCCGUGUCCAGUCCCCUACUGGAGCCCUGUCAGGGGCUAUACGAAUUCCGGAAUACCUUCAGAGCCCCUCGGUACCUUGCAGAGGUGAAUUUCUGUUGUUGUCGAUAACAGAGGAGGCAUACACAGAUGUAGUCAACUUGUUGUCCGUCGAAGAUGACCACCGCAUCGAACAUGUCGUUCAUGAUCGGACCCUGAGACAAUGUGACCGAUAUGGAGAGAAAGGGCAUGAUCGAGAGACUAUGGUGAAUGUGAUGCUUAUUUCACGAAGUGGAAAUCAUGAUAUCGCGCGCCGUGUCGGGGUCGGACAAAUCUUUCUCAAGAGCUGGGCGGAAGCAGAGCGGCAGUUCAAAAGUAUUUUCCUGCAAUAA